GUUCCUGUUGAUUCAGAUGUAGCAAAGGCUAAAGUGUUUUACAGCGCUCUUGGACGACUACACAAUAAAUUGUGGGUCAAAUACAUGGAUUUUCGUCUGCAAUGAAGUUCAUCAUUUUCUUCAUCUACAUACCUUUUGUUUACUCAGAGUUACACAGCUUUAUGACCACAUACACUGGAAUAAGAGGCCAGACGAUUGCAGGAAUCCCAGAGUUUUCUGCUGUAACUACACUGGAUGAUCAACAGAUUGAUUACUAUGACAGUAUCACAAUGGAACUGAUUCCUAAACAGGACUGGAUGAAGGAGUUUGCAUCUAAAGACAUGUGGAAAGAAGACAAUGAUAUUAGACAAUAUGUGCAGCUUGUGUACAAAAACAACAUUGAUGUUCUAAUGCAGCGAUUCAAUCAGUCACAUGGUGUUCAUACAUAUCAGAGGGUGUAUGGCUGUGUUUGGGAUGAUAAGACUGAAGUCUCACAAGGGUUUGAUCUGUAUGCUUAUGAUGGAAAGGAUUUCAUCUCACUGGGUGUGAAGGAGCGCAGAUACACUGAAUCUGUACCGCAGGCAUCUCCCACAGUGCAGAAGUGGAGCGAUAACAAAGCACAGCUUGGACACCUGAAACUAUACUACGAACAUGAGUGUGUUUACUGGUUGAUAUAUUUCUUGAAGUUAAGAAAAGCAGGUUUCAAGAGAAGAGCUCCUGAAGUGUCUCUGUUGCAGAAGCAUCCCUCCUCUCCAGUAGAGUGUUAUGCCACAGAUUUCUACCCAUCAGGAGUCACUAUUACCUGGUUAAAAAAUGGAGUGGAUCACAAUGAAGAUGUGGAGCAUGGAGAUACACUAAUAAAUGAGGAUGGGACCUUCCAGAAAUCAGCUACCCUCUAUGCCCCUCUAGAUGACUGGAUGACAAACCAGUAUGUUUGUGAGGUGGAGCACAUGACAGAGACCAUUCGGAAGAUUCUGACUGACAAUGAGAUCAAAAGUAACAACAGACCUACAAAGGGAUACUUCAAACCAAUUUUCUGUAUGAUGGGAGUAUUGAUAGUCCUGGUUAUUGGUGCUGUAGUCUGGAUUAUUAAAAAAAAAGUAAAAACCAGUGGGUGGGUAUAACCCAUUAUCUAUCGAAGAUGACACAUACAUUGACAAAACUGAUUGAAGAGUUUUCAGUUGUCUUGAGUAUGACUUUCCUCACAUUUCAGUCUGGUUGGGAAUCUUCAGGAUGUGGGAGAACAGAUGAUUUCCAGCAUGACUGUGUAACCAAAACACGUUUAAUGUUGAAUAAUAUUCAUGAGUAUGACAUCAUCGACCUGUUUUCCCAAACAAGAUACAACAUGACCAAACAAACGAAGAAAAAGAACAUAUGUGUGGCAUUGAGUCUGUAAAAACACACUGGAGACGCUUCAAUGUAUAAGUGCUAAAGAAGUGCUUUAGCAAAUCAGCUAAAGAAUAUCCAGAUACUGUCUGGAUAUGAAACCUAUGUUAUUAUCAGGGGUAAUGGGUGCCUUAGAUGUACUACUGUGUGUGAUUUUAUCUUUCACCACUUGCAUUUGUAUAUAUUUUUAAUGAAAAGGACACUUUUUUUUGUAAAUAUACAGUAGAUUAUUUAUUUUCGAGUUGUAAGUUCAUUGAUACUAAUAGUUUGACAGCUUAAAAUGGAAAAAAAUAAACACUGAAACAUUUAA